CUUCGUCCACAUCAACCAUAAACUCACAAAAAGCAAAAUCAUAAGAAAAAUUAUUCAAAAACCAUUGUUGAAGAAACAGAGAAGAAAGAGAGACUCAACAAGCAAGCAUGGCUAUAACACCUCUACGCCUCACAAACCCUUUCCCAUCACCGCGCCAUCUUCCCGCCACCAUCAAACUCCGCCAUAACCAUUACCAGAGACCUUUCACCCUCUUCGCCACCGACGUCGAGUCCUCCACGGUGGAGACCCAACCCGACCCGGACCAGUUCGAGUCCCGCCUCUCGAAGAUCCGACUCCGAUACCGAAGCGGGACGGGGAAAAAAGCCGAGGUGAGAAAAUCGAAGAGAGGGACGACUGGGUCGGCGAAUAAAGGGUCAGGGAUGUAUUUGCCGCCGGUGGAUCUGAAGGAAUCGAUGUCGGGAGGGUUGAAGGUGGAGUUAGGGUUUAGCCCUUACAGCGAAAGGGUGAACGGUGGAAUCGCGGGAUUGGGGCUUGCGGCAUUGUUGCUGGUGGAGCUGGCGACGGGGAAGAGCGUGUUGAAUUACCACACGUCUGCGAUCGUGUUGAUUCAGAUUUACUUCGUUGCUGCUGUUUCUGCUCUGUUCAUCAAAUACGAGAAAGAGAAAGCCAGUGUUUGGCCCAAGGACUAACGAGGGUAUCGAUUCUCCUCAUCGCUUAAACCACAGAUCAGACGAUCAAAUGAACAAAUCCAACGAUAAACCAAACCAAAACCAAUAGAGACGGUGGCGCGUGAGACAACGCGCAAAGACGGAGAAGUUGAAGACGCCGAUGGAGACGAAUCACGAGCACGAGGGGGUCAUCCCCACGUGUCGUAGCCUUUUUAAUUAUCACAAGUGGAUUAUGCUAUGUAUUUGUUUCAAUAA